GCGCAAGCGGUCAAGACCUACGGCGACAGCUUCGAGAACGAGAUCAGGACGUUCACACAACAGUACGGAGGGGAGGCGCUGGCCGGCAGUUUCCUCGACGAGGCGCAAAAGCUUCUGGGAAGACUGCACCAAGAGGGCGAUGGCAUCAUACGGGCGAGCAGAGUGCGGGAGGAGAUCGCCAAGAUUCGGCAGCAGGACGACAUGACGCGCCUCAGCAUGGUAAUGUGUCGUCCCUCCAUUCCCGCCUGUGCCGUGUUCUUCGAGAAGAAUACCAAAACCAGCGUGACCGCGACGCAGGCGCUCAACGUUCGCGACGGCCCAAAGAUUUCCCAGCAUGGUGCGGCGUUCAAGGCACAGAUACAGAGGUUCAAGCAGGCCUAUGCAAAGGAGCCGGCAGCUCGUGUCUUUCUCAAUGAGUCCGAGGCACUCCUUUCGAGGUACGAGCGAGAAGCGCCCUCCAUCCUGCGCGAGGAUGAAGUGAAGAAGGCCAUCGCCAAUCUGAGGCUCAAAUCUGAGCUGAUGGCCGUCCAAAACGCCGUUCACGCGCAAAACUGCGAUGUGCUGGCGUCCAAGGGUCCGGCGUUCGAGGAACAGAUGAACCAGUUCCUGUCUAAGUACAACACCGACCCGGUCUACUCCACCCUCAUUCCGCCUUCGUUCAUUGAGCAGCUUUCCGACAUCGCCUCCAGGUAUUACAAGUUGAUGAAUAUUCCCCGGGCGUUCAACGCUCGGCCGUCUGCCGGCAGCGCUGUAUUUCACCAGGGCAACUUUGCUGGGACGGUGAAAAUCACGUCGACGGGACCUGACGGGUCGAAGGUGGAGCAUGUGCCGUGGCGCCCGGCGUCGCUCUUCACCUUCCCCGGCCCGACCUUGCCGCCGCCGCCCGUAAGCCACGACCAGAUCUUCGCCGGGCAACGCGAUUUAGGACUGAAGGCCGCACAGGAGGCCUUCGCGCGGUCGGACGCGCUCAUGUCGUCGCUGCAGCAAUCGGGGCCAUCGUCCCCGCUCUUCCCCUCCGGCGGCCCCGGCGGGGUCCUCUCCACGUUCAGCCCCUACAUCAACGCCACGUCGACGCCGGACAUCAACUCGUGGAUCACUUGCCAUACUUCUGACAACCAGCAACCACCUCUGGCGACCACCAGCGGCUACACCAACACUGCUUCCCCAAUGGCCUCGCGGGCGCUUGAGCAGCUGCAGUCGCGGUUCCAGUCGCGAUCGCCGCCGUCGCCGUCGCCAUCGCCAUCAUCGCCGUCGCUUUCAGGAAAUUCCGCUGGCUACACGAACACAUCGCCUUCAUCAUCGUCGUCGCCCGCAACGGCCAUGAACUUCUCGGCCGGCUACGUGGACAGCGUGUCCUCCUCCCCUGUUGCGGUGCAGGUCGAGAGAGCUGGCCAGAAGGCCUCGUGCCCCAUCAACCCGGCCUACGCGCCCACGCCCAAGGAGGCGAUGUCGGUCACCGUCACGUCGUCGAUGCGCAGCUCGUCCGGCGGCGUCACCGAGCAGGAGAAGCUCAGCAUCGAGGAGACCAAGGCCACGAUGAAGUUCCGCGAGAUCAUGUUCAACGAGUUCCAAAUUCUCGAGAAGCUGGGCUCGGGCCAGCUCGGUACGGUCUACUUGGCCCGAUGGCGAGGCGCGCUGGUGGCGGUGAAGAAGCUCGACGAGGACGACAUGGACGAGAAGACCGUGGAUCUCUUCAAGAAGGAGGCCGCCGCGCUGCACUACUACAGAUACGGAAGCCUGGAGGGCGCGCUGCGGGGCAAGACGAGGCUCGACCUGACCUGGAAGCAGGUCAUCAAGAUCGCCAUGGAGGCCGCCGCGGGGAUUCUGCACCUCCACAAGGAGGGCGUGCUCCACUCGCGCAUCUCGUCGCGCAACAUCCUCCUGGGCGAUGGCGUGCGGGCCUACGUCAACGACUUCGCCUUCUGCCACAUGAAGACCAAGGAGAGCGUCUACACCCACACGGCCGGGACGUCGUCCUUCAUCGGGCCAGUGCGAUACAUGAGCCCAGACGCGAUGAUGCACAAGUAUUCAGAGGGCAGCGACGCCUGGUCGUUUGGUGUGCUGUUGUGGGAGCUGUGGGAACGACGAGAGCCGUUCGAGGGCGAUGACGACCUCACCGUGGCCUUCCGCGUGUCGCAGGACCAGCAGACACUGCCCAUCUCCCCCGCUUGCCCGUUGGUGCUGGCGACCCUCAUGAAACAGUGCUGGCUCGACCGACCCAGUCAACGGCCCUCCUUCUCGACCAUCCACGAGACUCUGCAGACCUACUACAAAUCAUUGUGA